UGGAUGUUGUCGCUGCCUUCUGAUGAGCGAAAGGGAACAAAGAGCAAGCAAAUGGCAAUGCUGCAUUCAGAGAUCUACUUCAGCAGCCCAUUUUUAGAGUUUACUAGAAUUUAAUAUAGAAGAACUUCAUGUGGUCGCUCUGUCUCGCUGUUUAUUUUGAUGGUCUUCGUCUACUUGAGCUUCACACAGUGCUUCACUUUAUUUUAGAGACAUUGGAACAAAACCUCCGAAGUUGAUAGCCCCUUCUUGCCAUGAUCAUGUUGUAGCAGUAGCUGCUUCGAUUCGUAAACAAGAACUUCCUUCCCUGUAUACAACUUCAAAAAACCUUGUCACUACAUGAAGCGGUCGCGGUGGGGCAACAAGAAGAACAAAAAUCAGGAAGGUUGCAGCACCGCUGGCGGCCAUCAUGAUGCUCGACCAGGCGACGGGCAGCAGGGCCACCAAGCGGGUACUAAUGAAGAUCCAACCCAAGAAGGUAGCACGCGUCAGAAGCUCGACGUUUCCGGGGUCGUGAGCUACCCUUUGUUGCACCUCACGAACAACGAUCAGGACAUCCACAACACGGCAACAUUAAAUGGUACUAGAGCAGCUCCUGCUUACAACCCCACGACCCCGAAUUACACCAAUCAAUGCGGGGAUAUUGCACUCCGUUCUUUCGUGAAGCUCAGCCUCACGACACACUUCAAAAAGGACUACUCGGCGGAUCUGAAGCACUGCCUGAUUGGAAACAGCAUCUAUCUGCCCGCGUUCUUCCCCGAUAGUGAGAAUCUCGUCAUGGACACGAUUGUUGCCGAGGUCAUUGCCAAUACGGUAGAAGAGCAGAGUGCUUCUGGCGAGGAGCAAGAAGAUGUUGGCAACGCGAACACGACAGCGCCAGCACAAGCACCACGACCGGAUGGAGAAACUGAAACCGCUGACGGUAGUAGAAGUGCAAACCAUCUGAGCUCUCUUGAGGCAGGUCGUGCUGGGGGAAGGAAAAUAAAUGGGCACCAGAGGACGCAAAGAGCGCAGGGGCUGACCAACAGCGCUGCGGCUGAAGAUUGGCAAAAACAGUCGUUUCUCCAGGACGCACCCGAGUUCAAGCAACAACUUCUAGGCGCGCGGGGAACGAAUCAUGGAAAAACCGUGAAUCCGCAAGAUGAACAUCGGCAAAUUGCUAAAAAGGCGUGGUCGAAACACCAAGUGAUAGAAAACUGCCAGGACAAGUCGCCAACGUUCAACAAAAUUAUCGAAGUUUUGGAACGGUACUUUGAUCUGGACAUCCUGGCCACGCGGCUCAACUACUACGCGAACCAGGACCACUGGAAACCUUUCCACAAGGACAGCCACGCGUACGGCUACACCCCCCUACCGGACCCGAAAACGGGCAAGCCGCAACGGAUUAAAGAGGAUUUUACCGUCGGCGUUUCGUUUGGUGCGGAGCGGUAUCAAAACUGCAACUAUAAAUCUGACAACUGGAAAUCUGUGAUGCUGAUACUUGCAUUGUAGUAGAGUGGCCGCUCGGAUUAAGGCGUAACAGCAUCAGAAGUUUUGUAAGGGUAGAAGAAGUUCAAAUCUGACGGAUUCCUUCGGAACUCGCAUGACAAAUUGCCUGUUCGCACGACAAAUAGGAGCCUUCUAGCCAAAAAUGCUCUUCAUGCAUCACUGAUCUUUUCUUUGGUCCUUCGACUUUCGCAUCACAGAUCCAGACCCAGAGUUGUUUUGAUUUGCAAUGCAUACACGAAUGUUGGAGUUUCAGCACGACGAAUGCCAGGAGUUCAAGUUUGGAUUCCCGCAGCGCAACGGGGACCUGUUUGCCUUUACCGACGUAGUAAACAGCAAGUUCCAGCAUGGCGUCCCCAAAGUGGCGAACGGCGAAAAGUGUGGGCCCCGGAUUAGCAUCAUCGGCUGGGGGCGGCGGCGAAAGCUGACCGUCCGAAAUGGGGGUGUGGCGGCCUGACAAGCGUUUUUCUUGUUUUGUGAUGGAAAAGUAGAGCAACAUGGUCGUGUGCGUAAGUAUGCUGUGGGCAAUCUCUGCAUGAUGUAGUUGCGCGCUCGUCCUUCUGUGCUAGUACUAGUAGUCCUGCCCAUGGACGAGAAUCAUACUUACAUGGUGGAAGUAAAACUGACAAAGCAGUAGAACAUCUGUGUGCCACCUCGCCGCUAGCGAUAGUAUACUCCUGUUCAUCGGAAAGAACACAAACAGCGAGGACUACCUCCCUCCCAGAGUAGACUGUGUGGCAGAACUGCCCAAGUGGUCCGAGACUCUGCGGCACCGCGGCCGCCUUUCGUGGCCGUGGUCUAGUGCAGGAGAGCGGACGGUCGUCGUGG